ACAAAUUGCACAGCUCAGAGCGCACAGCGUUGCCGCCAUUGCUGCUGGCUAGGUAAAAGCACGUGAAUCAACAACUUCCAAUUGCCGACAGGUGCUACGAUGUAUUUUGGGCACAAAACUGCUCUGACUUUCGCAUGUUGGGUGUUGUUUGCUGUAUGCUUCAUCCAGGGUUGCAUAUGGCUGCCUAUCAGCGGGGUGGCUCUGGGCGGGUGCAAGUUCUGCCGGGACCGCUUCAAGGAGACAGGCAAGGCCAACCUGUCGAUGGUGGCUUGGAACCUGACCUACGCCUACGGAUUGGAGACCGGAUGCAUUGUGUCCGCGUUUGAAUUCAGCGUCUUCUAUCCCCAGGACGCAUCCGGCGCCGAUGCCCCGAAUCAGUAUUACAACUGGUGCAUCAACAGCGGGCCUCUAGCUGGCCUGAUUGGGGGCGGAGUGGCUAUGGCAGUAGCGCUGUUCGUACUGCCCUUCUGCUGCUUGUGUGCAUCGCCGCCACUUCCAAAAAGGCACCAAGUGUCGUUCAUCGGGCCGCUGGACCUGUCACCGGACGCUUACGCUCGAACCACGAGUGCGGCCAACGUGGCGCAGCAACAGCAGCAGCUCAAAUAUGCCAACGCCGCAGCUGCGAGCAGCUACGGCAGCCAGCUGGGGCUGCUGGCGGCGGCGGGCGCUUCGCCGUACGCCUCAGCCGCCAACAGCCCCCUCGGCGUUCGCGCCGUUGCCAGCCCGCAGCUACUCCUGAGCCCCCGCGUGACCCUGUCCCCGGCAGGCUCGUUGCACAGCCCGCGCAGCCCCGGGGCUGGUGCCGGGUAUGUCAUCUACAGCAACCCGGCCGCUGUAUACCCCCUGAACUCAGCGGGCGGCUACCCACCAGCGAUCCAGGCGCACGGUUCUGCCGCCACCACACCGCCAGGCUUCGGGGACGGCGCAUCGCCUGCGGCAGAGGACGCGCAGCUGGCGCAACAGCAGCAGCAGCUGGUGCAGCAACAGCAGCUGGCGCAACAACAGCCGCAGCUACAACAGCAGGAUCAGCUCGAGCAUAUGCAGGCGCAGCAGCGGCAGCAGAUGCAGGCGUUCAUGCAGCAGCAGAUGCAGGGCGCUGGUGGACAGCCCAUGUUGCCGCACCCUCAUCUGGGCGGACGAACCUAUCACUAAGCAUGAAGCGGCGCUGCCGCUGUUGCUGUAGAGCUGUGGGUUGGGGUGCGAGCAGCGCGUAGAGCCCACUGCGUACGUGGCCGCACGUACUGGAACUCUGACUUGUUACGGGUUUCGCCAGAGCUGUGUGCCCGCAUAUGAGCACUCACCGAUGCCAUUGCCUUCUGGAGUGCCGGCGUUAGUUCAUCGUUCAGCAUGUAGGACCGCUUCAAUAAGGUGGGCGUGAGCAAGGCUCACCCCCCAGUUGGCUUGCCCCUUCCCCCGAAGGGGGAGGGGCAAUAGCCAUUGCGGUCGCAUCGAGCUCGCCGCGGGGGGCCCUCCCGGUUAUUCCAGUUUUGACUUGAGUUAUAACCUUGAAACCCGAGCGCAGCGAAAUUUGUCGUGCAAAUAACGCGCCUUUCUAUGUACGUAUUGCAAAGCGUAACAUUAUGAAAACGCAAGCCCUAUGCCAGAGCGGGGUGAACGCACAAGCGCAGCGUUUGCAUUAGAGCUCCAGCGCAACAUACAAUAUAUCACAAAUUGUAUUGAUAAUCAAGGCUCCCGGCACGGGAGGACGCAAGACGGAGGAAUCGACGCGUUGGAGGAUCCCGGAAAUUGCGCGCGAAAGCGCGAGGCGCAAAAGGUUGGCGCUAUCUGUUUUAGUU